UCGACAUCCCUAACGCAUCCCACACGUGUUUUUUAUAUUUACUGUGAGAAAAGACGCACAUUUUAAUAUAUUUCAUUCAAAAUGUAUCUUAUGUACACAAUUAACGAAAACGGCGAGCGCGUUUAUACUCUGAAGAAACGCACUGAGGACGGACAUCCCACCUUGUCCGCACAUCCAGCGCGAUUCUCACCGGAGGAUAAAUACUCUCGCCAGCGCAUCACCAUUAAGAAGCGCUUUGGACUGAUGCUCACCCAGAAGCCAGAGCCCAUCUAUUAAGCCAGAGCUGUAGUUUAAAUUAGCUUAAAACUUUAUUUACAAAUAAUAAGAAACAUAAAAAAA